CACACCACCUUACUUACCAACUGAAAAAAAUAAAAUCCUAACAAGUUACACUCUUUAAGCUUUUGCUAAAUAUGGCAAUGAAGCUUCAUUUCUUCCUUUUGGCCUCAUUCCUUCUUGUUACUACUUCUAUUACAUCCAAUGAACAUGAGGGUGCAUUAUAUGCCACCACCGCUGCCCCGGCCAAACCCACACUACCUGCACCAGAAGUGAAACCAUCACUACCACCAACAUCUUCACCUGUCGCUAAACCACCCACCACUACACCAAUUGCUAACCCUCCCACCGCUACUCCACCGGUUGCCAAGCCUCCCACCGCCACACCACCGGUCUCCAAACCACCAACAGCUGCACCACCAACCCCACCAAGAAACACUAAAGAAUGCUACCCACCAUGUGUUGUGAGGUGCAAAAAUCAUUCAAGGCAGAAUGUAUGCUUGAGAGCUUGUGUAACAUGCUGUGAUCGGUGCAAAUGUGUUCCACCCGGGCAGUCCGGAAACCAAGAGGUUUGCGGCAAGUGCUACACCAAUAUGAAAACUCACGGUGGCAGACCCAAAUGCCCUUAAUUGGAAUCUUUAUCAUUAGGUUAUUAUUAUUAGUAUUAAGAUAAGUUGGCUAGUAUUCUCUCCUUCAGUUUCUGUUUGUUGCCUAAGUGAAAAGGGGAUUAAGGCUUGUGUCUGUUGUUUAUGGUGAAAUUUGGAUUAGUGCUAUUUUGGUAAUAUUAACGAGUAUUUGCUUUUGGUA